AUGACGCAGAUGAUGAUGGCAGCGGUGGCGGCAGCAAUGAUGGCGGUGGGCCUGGUUGGGGCGGCGCCAACCAGGGCAGAGGCUCCUUCGAAACCAGUCAUUCCAUCAGCUUUCAUUUCGUCGUUUGAGUUUUACAGCAGUGGCGUUUAUGGAGGUACUGGUCAAUACUAUUACGACGCUGACGCUCAGAAAAACCAUUACAAUUUGACAGUGGCCAACCCCUUCUUCCCCGCCCAAGCCGUUCCCUACGGCUACUUUUACAGCGAGGCUGGGGCUUGGAUGUAUAUCGAAGGCAUCUGCAAAUCUCUGGGCACCAAGUUUGCUCCAGUCUUCAGCUUUGUCCAAAGUCCGGCCACCACAUAUCAAGGAUCAAAGACCGUCAAUGGCCGUGACUGCGACGUGUGGGGCCUCACCACUGCCCAGGCCAACCUGAGCGUCUGCACUCAAAACAGCGUCCUGGUCGAGUUCAUAUCCGAGAGUCAAGUUAGCACAACGCACUACAUGACGCGCAUGCUCUUUGGCGAUGAUUUCAAUCCCAGCAAGCCAACACCCGCAGAGCUGGCCGUGCCCGAGGCUUGCUUUGAGCCCCCGGUCGUGUGCAAUGCCACCAACCUUACAGCCGAAACCAUGGACGUCUAUGCCUUUCAGCCCAAGAAUCAAACCGGCAACAUCGUCGACCAGGAUGUCGCAGAUCUGCGAGGUGACACCGUCUUUGUCUGCUUUGACCUCCUGUCCAACAAUACCGCCAAUGAUCACUACGCCGUUGUGACCAACUACAAGAUCAAUGUCAUUCCCAAGUGGGGCCUGUACCGCGAAUGCAACGGCUACCCGCCCUAUUGUAUUGGUGAUGCCAUGGUCGAAGUUGGGCGUGAGAGCUCCAUCUCCAAGGGCCCCCUUCGUGGCCAAUGCGAACCGAACCUGGACUACGGCAGCUGGCUGAGCAUGCCGAGCAUGGGCUAUUGCCAGGAUGGUCCGCUGGACCUGGCCAAAAAUUGUUCUUGGCAAGUUGCAUCAGUAGGCAAGACCAUCUCGGGGGCCUGCCUCAUCGAAAACCCGGCUUUCCUGCAAGCCUGCUCCCAGAUUGUCAAUGGCAGCAUCGAUGCUGCAGUCGAUCUGUUCAAGGCCGCCUUCGACUCGGAAGACCCGUCCAAGAAUGGUUGCCCUGCCCUGUAA